GCAGCAGCAGCAACAAGCAGCCUGGCAGCUGUACGGAGACUGCGUACGUCAGCAGCGGAUGACGUCACGGACGCGGAAGCAGGACACAGGCCGGAAGCUGGACGCAGGGUGAGAGCCGGGCGCUGACAUCUGCCUCUCCGGGGUGAGAGCCUCGGGGGCCCGCUGAGUCUUGCUCGUCCGUCGCCUCUGGCCGGGACAUGUCUCUCCUGCAGUCUGCCUUGGAUUUCCUAGCCGGGCCCGGCUCCCUCGGGGCCGCCGGCCGGGAUCAGCAUGACUUCGUAGGACAGACCGUAGAGCUCGGGGCAAUGAAACUGCGAAUUAAGCGGGUGAUCGCUGAGGGAGGAUUUGCUUUUGUCUAUGAAGCUCAAGAUAUAGGAACAGGGAAAGAUUAUGCACUGAAGAGAUUGCUUUCCAAUGAAGAAGAAAAGAAUAAGGCCAUUAUUCAAGAGAUAUGUUUUAUGAAAAAGUUAUCUGGCCACCCCAACGUAGUCCAGUUUUGCUCAGCAGCAUCCAUAGGGAAGGAGGAAUCUGACACAGGCCAAGGCGAGUUUCUGCUUCUUACAGAAUUAUGCAAAGGGCAGCUUGUAGAGUUCUUGAACAAGGCUGAGAGUAAAGGACCUUUAUCAUGUGACACUGUAUUGAAGAUUUUCUACCAGACCUGUCGAGCAGUACAGCAUAUGCACAAACAGAAACCACCUAUAAUUCAUAGAGAUCUCAAGGUAGAGAAUUUACUGGUUAGUAACCAAGGAACAAUUAAACUGUGUGACUUUGGUAGUGCAACUACUAUUGCUCAUUACCCAGAUUAUAACUGGACUGCACAGAUGAGGGCAACAGUUGAAGAUGAAAUGACAAGAAACACGACACCAAUGUAUAGAACUCCAGAAAUAAUAGACUUGUAUUCUAACUUUCCAAUUGGAGAAAAACAAGAUAUAUGGGCUCUUGGCUGCAUUCUGUACUUGUUGUGCUUCAGACAACAUCCUUUUGAAGAUGGGGCAAAGCUUCGUAUAGUCAAUGGAAAAUAUUCAAUACCACAAAAUGAAACUAGAUACAUUGUCUUUCAUGACCUUAUUACGUCUUUGUUAAAGGUGAAUCCUGAGGAAAGACUCACUAUUACAGAAGUGGUCGGCCAUCUACAGGAAAUUGCUGCAGCACGAAAUGUGAACCCUAAAUCUCCAAUCACUGAGCUGCUGGAGCAGAAUGGUGGAUAUGGCAAUAAUGGAAAUCAAAAACCCCUGUCACUGGUCGCCAAGCCCCAAGGACACCCUGGAAACCCUAUUACAGAUGAUGACCAGAAUUCUGGUGGUUUUUUUGACAUCUUGAAAGGCGGUACUGAACGAUUCCUUAGCAACAUUAAAGACACAUCUUCAAAAGUUAUUCAGUCCGUUACCAAUUAUGCAAAAGGGGAUUUGGAUUUAUCUUAUAUCACCUCGAGAAUUGCUGUGAUGUCCUUUCCCGCAGAGGGUGUGGAGUCUGCCAUAAAAAAUAACAUUGAAGAUGUACGUUUGUAUUUGGAUGCAAAGCAUCCUGGGAGUUAUGCUGUUUAUAACUUAUGUUUGAGGAAAUACAGACCUUCCAGGUUCCAUAACAGGGUGUCUGAAUGCGGUUGGCCUGGAAGACGUGCCCCAAAUCUCAUGAACCUUUACAGCAUCUGUAAAAAUAUGCAUUUGUGGCUGAAACAAGAUCAAAAGAAUAUUUGUAUUGUUCACUGUCUUGAUGGAAGAGCUGCUUCAGCCGUUGUGGUGUGUUCCUUCCUCUGCUUCUGCCGGCUCUUUACCACUGCAGAAGCUGCCGUGUAUAUGUUUAGCAUGAAGAGAUGUCCACCUGGCAUCUGGCCUUCUCAUAAAAGGUACAUAGAAUACAUGUGUGACAUGAUGGCAGAGGAGCCAAUCAUUCCUCACAGUAAGCCGAUUCUCAUCAAGGCCAUAAAUAUGACUCCGGUGCCUCUCUUCAGCAAGCUGCGCAGCGGCUGCCGACCUUUCUGUGAAGUGUAUGUCGGGGAUGAGAGAGUGGCAACUACCUCACAAGAAUAUGAUAAAAUGAGAGACUUCAGAGUUGAAGAUGGCAAAGCUGAAAUUCCUUUAGAUGUUACAGUGCAAGGCGAUGUCUUAAUUAUCAUUUAUCAUGCUAGGUCUACACUGGGUGGCAGACUGCAAGCUAAGAUGACUUCAAUGAAGAUGUUCCAGAUUCAGUUUCACACUGGAUUUGUUCCUCGGAAUGCCACAACAGUGAAGUUUUCAAAGUAUGAUCUGGACGCAUGUGACAUACAGGAAAAAUACCCUGAUUUGUUUCAAGUGAAUCUGGAUGUGGAAGUAUCUUCGCGAGACCGGCCUGCAAGCAUCACUCCACCGUGGGAAAAUCUCAACACUAAGCGAUUAACUCCUAAGAUACUUUUUUCAAGUCGAGAGGAACAACAGGACAUGCUGUCUAAAUUUGGGAAACCUGAAUUACCGAGGCAGCCAGGAUCCACUGCACAGUACGAGGCAGAGAUCUCCCCAGCUGAGCAUUCUCCAGAACCACCAAACUCUGAUGCAGUAACAAAAAAUAAUUUCUUUCAAACUCUUGAAUGGCAAGAUCAGAUGGAAGGGAGAGAUGUACAGGAGUUUUCUUCUAGGGAAGAUCACAAUGAAAGCACAAGUGACAAUAAAAGUGAACCAUCUGAUGAAGAGUGCUACAACUUUUCUCAAGUUCAUAGUGCACUAGAAAAUGAAGAAAAAGGUUCAGACAUCACAGCAAAUGAAACUAAAGAUAAACUGUUUGAAGGUGAUUAUGUUGCAGAUGCCCCAAAGCAUAAAGAGGAAGAAGAAGCAGAUUUGCUGGGACUGAAUUCAACAUCUGUAACCAUAGACAACAGUACUGUAUCCUCAGAAAUAAAGAAUACUUCCAGCAAUGCAGCUUUAUUAGAUAAUCUGUUCACAGACAAUUUGUUUUCUGAUGAUAUAACAGCUGAUUUCCAAACUGAAAAUUUUCUGGCCUCUGAAAGGGACUAUUUUUUCACUGGACCUGCUGAACUGUCUGUGGAAUCUGGCUCAUCUUUUGAUGCCCCGCUUUCUACCUCUGACUAUCCUAAUGUUAUGAAUUUGAAAAACAGAGCAAAGUUCACAGUGGAAAAAGAUGACUUGUUUAUUGGCCUGGAGUCAUACGUAUUUUAUCCCUUUGAUCUAUUUCCAACCACUGUAUCAGAAAAUAAGUCAGGCGGUCCUGAUCUGUUUGAAGGUCUGAUCAGCCCACACUCUGCAUCCACUCCCAAUGUGUAUCCAAGUGCACAAAGUGCUCCACCUCCUGCUUCCAGUGUGGACUUCCUAAACCUUGAUCAUUACCCAACACCACAGUCAAAAAUAGUUUCUUCUGCCAGCAACCCAGAUCUGCUGGGAGGAUGGAAUUCAUGGGAAGAGCAUUCUAAAGGCAGCAAUCUGUUUCUUCCAAAACCCAGUAAACCCACUUCUGAAGGUCCAGCCUUUACUUCCGCUAGCCAAAUGAGUACAUCAUCAAGUUCAUCAUUUAGUCAAGCAAAAUCCUCCAGUUUUGACCCAUUUGCUGAUCUUGACAAUCUCAGUUCUUCAUUUCAAAAUAAAGCAGCAUCAUCAUCAUCGCAGUUUUCUUCUCGGUCCAGUGACAAACCUUACCAAAAAAGCAACUCCAGACAAGCGCCUAAACCACAGACCGCCAAUACAUCUUGGCAGUCCCAGCCUAAGCCUGGAAUCCAAACCAAGCCUAACUACGCUGUCAAUUUUAGUGUUAUUGGUGGCAGAGAAGAAAGGGGCAUCAGAGCUCCAGGUUUUGGUGUCAUUACAGGGCCAAAACCAAAAGUUUCAGAAAGUGAUUUUGGGGAUCUACUCUCUACCCAGGGAUUUUCAUCAAAAACUGACAAGACUGGCCCGAAAACAAUUGCUGAAAUGAGAAGACAAGAGAUGACUAAAGAAAUGGAUCCACUGAAAUUAAAAAUUUUAGACUGGAUAGAAGGAAAAGAAAGGAAUAUAAGAGCAUUGAUCUCUACGCUUCAUACUGUGCUUUGGGAAGGAGAAACAAAAUGGAAGCCUGUCAACAUGUCUGAGCUAGUAACGCCUAAUCAAGUGAAAAGAUAUUACAGAAAAGCAGUGCUUAUAGUCCACCCUGAUAAGGCUACGGGACAACCCUAUGAACUGUAUGCCAAAAUGAUUUUCAUGGAGCUGAAAGAUGCAUGGUCAGAAUUUGAAAGUCAAGGCUCGAGAGCCCUUUUUUAAAGUCUAACCCCUUGAUAAGCCUGCAUUCAUAGUGUAACCCAUCUGUUUUGUUUUAGUCUGUUCUACUCUGGUUUUAAGCAGUUCUGCAAAGUACAACUUACCUGUACAUAUAAAAAAUAAGGAUAGCUUAUGAAGCUAUAUUAUAUUUCUUCAAUAAUGACAAGCACCUUUAUUUCUGUGAUGUAAUUGCAUUCCGGACCUUGUGUUUAGGGCAUUAUCCAUACCGUCAUUGAGACCAAACCAGUGGACUUGCCUGCUAGUGAGCAGUGAAUUGCAGUUUACAUACCAAGCCUGGGACUCUAUUAAAUUCUAUGAUGGACUCUGAUUUACUUGAUGCAUUUUUUUUUUUCUAAAAAUGGCUAGAUGUAAAUUUUGCAGUUAUAGUAAAUAUGUAAUCAUUGCCAUUGCAUUGUGUACAGAAUUAAACACUUUUCUUCAAAA